CCAGGCCGCCCCUGCCCAUGGGGUCAGGGCGAGGGCCCUUGGUUGGACAGUGGGGCACACACCCCAGGCCCACUCUGGCCUGACCCUGGACUCCUGCUCCUUUGGAAGAAGCAAGUAGGAGGGGCUGCGGAGACAGAGCCCUGGACCACCACACCACAUCAUGCCCACACCCAACGCCACCACACCACAGCCCAAGGGCUUCCGAAGGGCCGUCUCAGAGCUGGACGCCAAGCAGGCAGAGGCCAUCAUGUCCCCGCGCUUCAUCGGGCGGCGGCAGAGCCUCAUCGAGGACGCCCGCAAGGAGCGGGAGGCGGCGGCGGCAGCGGCAGCGGCAAGCUCCUUGGAGCCCGGGGACCCCCUGGAGGCCGUGGCGUUCCAGGAGAAGGACGGGAGGGCCCUGCUGAGCCUGCUCUUCUCCCUGAAGGGCUCCAAGUCCUGCUCGCUGUCCCGGGCCGUGAAGGUGUUUGAGACAUUUGAAGCCAAAAUCCACCACCUGGAGACCCGGCCAGCCCAGAGGCCACGGGCAGGGGGCCCUCACCUGGACUACUUUGUGCGCUUUGAGGUGCCCAGCGGGGAUCUGGCUGCCCUGCUCAGCUCCGUGCGCCGGGUGUCAGACGACGUGCGCAGUGCUGGGGAGGACAAGGUCCCAUGGUUCCCAAGGAAGGUGUCAGAGCUGGACAAGUGUCACCACCUGGUCACCAAGUUUGAUCCUGACUUGGACUUGGACCACCCGGGCUUCUCGGACCAGGCCUACCGCCAGCGCAGGAAGCUGAUCGCUGAGAUAGCCUUCCAGUACAAGCAUGGUGAACCCAUUCCCCGUGUGGAGUACACAGCCGAGGAGAUUGCCACCUGGAAGGAGGUCUACAGCACGCUGAAGGGCCUGUACGCCACCCAUGCCUGCCGGGAGCACCUGGAAGCCUUCCAGCUGCUGGAGCUCUGCAGCGGCUACCGCGAGGACAGCAUCCCUCAGCUCGAGGACGUCUCGCGCUUCCUGAAGGAGCGGACAGGCUUCCAGCUUCGACCUGUGGCUGGCCUUCUGUCUGCCAGGGACUUCCUGGCCAGCCUGGCCUUCCGCGUGUUCCAGUGCACCCAGUACAUCCGCCACGCCUCUUCGCCCAUGCACUCGCCGGAGCCGGACUGCUGCCAUGAGCUGCUGGGGCACGUGCCCAUGCUGGCUGACCGCACGUUCGCACAGUUCUCCCAGGACAUCGGCCUUGCGUCCCUGGGGGCCUCGGAUGAGGAAAUCGAGAAGCUGUCCACGCUGUAUUGGUUCACGGUGGAGUUCGGGCUGUGCAGACAGAACGGGGAGGUCAAGGCUUACGGCGCCGGGCUGCUGUCGUCCUACGGGGAGCUCCUGCACUCCCUGUCAGAGGAGCCCGAGAUCCGGGCCUUCGACCCCGAGGCUGCCGCCGUGCAGCCCUACCAAGAUCAGACCUACCAGCCCGUCUACUUCGUGUCUGAGAGCUUCAGUGACGCCAAGGACAAGCUCAGGGGCUAUGCCUCUCGAAUCCAGCGCCCUUUCUCUGUGAAGUUUGACCCAUACACGACGGCCAUUGAUGUGCUGGACAGUCCCCACACCAUCCGUCGCUCGCUGGAGGGCGUCCAGGAUGAGCUGCACACCCUGACCCACGCACUGAGCGCCAUCAGCUAGGUGCGUGGUGUGUGCCCCACUGUCCCAGCUGGCCUGCCCUGGAGUCUCCUGGUCCCUCCAGUCCUCCCCAGCUCCUGCCCUGUCCCAGAGCUCAGGCCCACACGGGGGGCUGGGUCAUGGGCACCCCAGAAUCCACCCUCCUGCCACCCGGCUGCCCGCUGGCCCGCCUGCUGCUUCUCAGCACCAUGACUGGUGUGUGUCCUGUGAGGUCCUGUCUUGCUGCCAACACCUGUGCUCCAGGGCCAAGGGUGGCUGUGCACCACCUGUCGCCUUGCCCCGAUGCUGUCUGCAUCCUGCUCAU